AUGGCGGUGCCAAAGAAGGACAGUGGAAUCCAAUUGUUGAAGGACCCAAUUGCUCUACUUAAAUCAAAUUCCACAUUUAUUGUGACGUUGUUAAUGAUUAUAACACAAAACAUUUUCCUUUCUUCUUGCGGCACCGUGUUACGAGGGAAGACGAACAAAAAAUUAGGUGGAUCGCAGCCAACAGGGACUCCAUCAUUGGCUUGGUCCUGCGUUGUAGUUAUCGUCUCGCUUCUUUCAGGUGCUUCCGUCGUCCACAACAUCUACAAGCCUGAUCUUGUAAUUCUCUUACUUCGUAGCCUAAUCAGACUGCAAAUCGUGCAUGCCUGUAAGCUGUUUGAUUAAAAGACUGACACCUAAAACGUUGGUUUGUUGUUUGUGUGCCGACCCUACCUCCGGUGGAAAAAGAUCACGGGACGAACAAAAAUGAAUCAGAGAAACCAUGACAAUUUCUGUUGGCUUUUGCAGUUCGAAUUCGCACAAAUUUAUUUGUUCAACGUUAGAAUGUUUGCCUGGAUUCAUCUUCCUGUUUGAAUAUUUUAGACCUAUUAUGAAAUUUGCAAGACAGGUGAGAUGCAUUAUUAGUUAAUCAA